GUAGAGGGAACCAUCAGAGACGCCAAAAACGGUAGCCCUCAUGGCUGGGCUUAUGAGUGUGAAGCCCAGACAGCCUGCAAAGCCAGGAAAGACUCCAAAGGCUACUUCCGGCAUAGGGGCUACCACGACGGCUAUCCCACCUUUCACCUCCUGGUGCCGGGUGAGGAGACUUGGACGAAAGAUUCCCAUGGAGGCCUUGUGGCCGCUGUGAUGGUGAAGAGGGAAGCAGCGACGGCCGCUGUGCCGAAGGCAGGUCGUGGAGGUGCUGCGCCCAAGGCAGCGGCGAAGAGGGUCUUGAAGAAGCCUUCUAAGAGGAGCUGA